UAAAUAAUAAACAAAGCCGAUCGCCCCUCGACUGAGGGAUACUUUUAUCAGCCUCAAUUAUCGCACUUAUCGGCGCGGCCCACAAGUGUUAGGGUUCAUGUAGUGCGAUCAGCUGCUUGAGGUUUCCCGUGUGUCUACGAUUAGAAUUUUAACUUUGCCUCUGUUCUAUCCUAGUAAAGUAGGUAGGAAGUGGACGUUCAUAUCGGAUCAGAAUGAUUCUGAAUGACACACUUUCGUUAUCAGUUUUGGUCAACAACGACGAUGUGUUGUGAAUACCAGAGGCAACAAUGACCUUCUUAUAAAUAUAAAAGUAAAUGCAAAAUUGGUCCUAGCCUUCAGUUCAAUUGUACAUUUGCUUACUCUGUCUUCAUUCAAGUGCUCUGUGUUUCGUAUCCGUGCCUAGUGAAUGGUGUAGUGCAUAGUCCAGCAAUUGGAAGAAUCUCAACUAUUUCUGCCAAAACGCAUACCUAUUUGUGUUCGUUUUGAUAAAACCCAAUUAAUAGGCACUCAACAGCUCAAUAAAAACUGUCAUAUCUUAUCACAUCGCAAGUAAUAAUCUGGAAUACCACAUUACUGUGAUUUUGUAAGCCAUUCGCUACUGUGAACUGUGAUAUUGAAACACACAAAGGAAUGAACUCCGAGAGUAGAUUAACCCAGUUCCGAAACUGCCGGCUGCUGCGAAAUCAUCAAUUGGUGCGAGAUGACCUGUGGGUUCGCAAUGGCAAAAUAAUCAACCCGGAAAAGGUAUUCUUCGACGAAAAACGACAAGCUCAUGUGCAGAUUGAUUGUAAGGGAGCGAUUUUGGCGCCAGGUUUCAUCGAUUUGCAAAUCAACGGAGGAUAUGGUGUGGAUUUCUCCAAUGACAUUUCAACAGUCGAGCAAGGUGUUGCCAAAGUAUCAAAAGGUCUGCUAUCACAUGGUGUCACUUCCUACUGUCCAACGUUGGUCACUUCACCUCCUGAAACAUAUCACACUGUGCUGCCAAAAAUCUCCAAAAAACCUGGCGGUCACCAUGGUGCUACUAUCUUGGGGUGUCACGUAGAAGGUCCCUUUAUCAACAGUAGCAAGAAGGGAGCUCAUCCACAAGAAUGCAUAAAGGAAUUCGAUCAGGGCUUCCAAACGCUGCUGGAUAUGUACGGCUCGCUGGAAAACGUUUGUAUUGUUACUCUCGCGCCGGAGAAGGAAGGCGCAUCGGAAGUGAUUCGCGAAUUGAGCAAUCGUGGCAUCACUGUGUCGGUCGGCCACUCGAUGGCUAAUCUUCGCGAUGGCGAAGUUGCGGUGCAGCAUGGAGCUAAGCUUAUAACGCACCUGUUCAAUGCAAUGCUACCGUUCCAUCAUCGCGAUCCUGGGCUGGUUGGUCUGCUAACGACGGAUAACAUCCCAGCGGACACCCUAGUUUACUAUGGCAUUAUCUCCGACGGAGUUCACACCCACCCUGCGGCUCUGCGGAUCGCCUACAAAACCCAUCCCGAGGGGCUGAUUCUGGUUACCGAUGCCAUUUCUGCAAUGGGCCUAACGGAAGGUAGACACCGGAUUGGACAGAUGGAUAUCGAGGUUCGUCGUGGUCGAGCUUAUGUCGCCAACACGGAUACCCUAUGCGGAAGCAUCGCACCGAUGGAUGAAUGCAUUAGGUUUUUCAAGAAAGCCUCGAAUUGCUCUAUCGAAUACGCAUUGGAAGCCGCGUCGUUGCAUCCUGCCAAAUGCUUAGGAAUUGAGAAGCAGAAGGGCACGCUUGAGUAUGGAGCCGAUGCAGAUUUUGUUAUUUUGGAUGAUUCGUUGAACGUGUUUACCACAUGGAUCGCCGGAGAAUGUGUUUACGAGAACGUGGCUUUGUUAUCGCUAAAGUUGGAUGCAAACUAUCGAACAAAUCAUAUAGUCUGAAAAAAUAUUAGUCACGCCUAGUCGUCAAGGAUGGGAACACUCACUUGCAAAGAAUUACACUCACUUGCUAUUUUCUCAGCUCAGAAGCGUGCAAUCAAAAAACGUUGUAUGGACGACUUUUGCCUUGUGAUUUGGUCUAAAAGUUUGCCGAAUAGAGAAGGGGUCGCACACGCGUACCAAAGUCGUGAGGGCGCUGCGAAACCAACUCUCCACGAGGUGAAUGUAAAUUACACUCACCUCAUGAAGAGUCGCUUUCAUAGCUCUGUGACUACUUUGGUAUGCGCGUGCGACCCCUACUCUAUUCGGCAAUCUUUUAGACCAAAUCACAAGGCAAAAGUCGUCCAUACAUCGUUUUAUGAUUGCACGCUUCUGAGCUGAGAAAAUAGCAGGUGAGUGUAACUCUUUGCAAAUGAGUGUUCCCAUCCCUGCUAGUCGUUAUAUGCGAAUCAAUGACGGAAACCUCGCGUAUGGUCGCGUAUGCAUUUUAAAAUAAUCACAUACCUAUGAAUCAUUUUUACGUAUAUCAUUGGUUGAGCGAAAAAACUAUUUUUACGGAGAAAAGCUUAAUAUUCAGAAUACGUCAUUAGUCAAGAAAAGUGUAAAGUGUAAGGUUUACUCUUCUUGGUAUCUUCUUCUUUUACGUUGCGAAACGUACCAGAUCUCCAGUUAGCCUUGUGGAUAAGGCUUGGGAUCGUCAAUUCCGGAGACGGUGGAUUCAAUUUCCGUUCUGGUCUUGCCUCACAACGUACAAAUUCAUGCAAUGGCAGGCAAAAAAGCCCUUCAAUUAAUAAUUGCGGAUGUGCUCAAAGAACACCAAGUUUUGGUGUGAACUUAGAGCCACAAAGAAGAAGAAAAACGUAC